UUCCAAUAAUUAUCUAAAUUUGCUUAAUAACGUAAACUGUUUACAAAUCUCUUUGUUUAUCCAUGUUAAAUAAUAAAUUUAAUAUUUCAUUUGUUGGGGCAAUUUAAGGUUAUCAAAAUGUUAUCUUAAAUAUUAUGUAGUCGUUAAUUCGGUAAUAGAGUGUAAGUCAUCUGUACUGUGCGUGUGUGAUGGCAAAGGCUAUGGACAGUGUGCUUGCGAAGGGCAAGUUCAGGGGGUCAAUGCUUGGCUCCCUGAUCGGAGACUGCAUGGGUGCCCCAUACGAAGGGGAAGAGUUCUCACAUGGGUUGAAGACGAUGGUCAGAAAGUACUUUGAUAAAUUGGAUGGACCUUACUUUUCUGCUCCGUUCAAGCCUUAUACCGAUGAUACGGCUAUGACUAAAUCCGUUGCGAAAUGCCUGAUCGAGAAGCCGACACCCCUGGACGUUAAGUAUCUGGCUAAACUUUUCGUGCAGGAGUAUUUCCUGGAACCUCGCCGAGGUUACGGAGCCGGCGUCGUCGAGGUGUUCAAGAAGUUGCGUAAGAACAAGUUCGAGGACCUGCAGAGACCCGCCGCGGAACAGUUCAAUGGAAGCGGUAGCUACGGAAACGGUGGUGCGAUGAGGGUUGCCCCGAUCGGUCUCUUCUUCAACGGAAACUACGAAGCGAUGAUCGAGGCGGCCGAACGAUGCACCAGAAUCACGCACACGAAUUCGCUGGGCGUGAACGGGGCUUUGCUCCAGUGCAUUGCCGUCCACCAGAGUUUCCAAUUGGAUCCGAAGGAGAAACUCGACGUGACGAAGUUCGCCGACGAACUUAUCGCGAAGAUGGAGAUCAUCGAGCAGGAUCAAUCCGGUAUCGUUGAUCCGAACGAGCCGACGCCUCCUUACAAGGAACAACUGUUGAAGGUCAAAGAGUUGCUGUCGUGCGACGACCCGAACGAUCCGAUAGUCGAGGAGGAGGUGAUCGGAUCCUUGGGGAAUUCUAUCGCCGCUCUUAAUUCCGUACCAACCGCCAUCUAUUGUUUCCUGAGAGCUCACUCGGAAAUACCCGGGAUCGAAACGGAUAAUGCCUUCAGACGUUCCAUCCAGUUCGCGGUGAACUUGGCAGGUGACUGCGACACUAUUGCCUCGAUGACGGGCGCGAUUAGUGGCGCCUACUUCGGUGAUUCUUGCAUCGGUGAAACUAUGAAGAAACACUGCGAGUAUCACGAGGAAGUUACACAGUUGGCAGACAAAUUGUACGAAGCGUCUCUGAUCAAAUGAAAAGAGAGAAAAAUGAUAUUGAUUGCAAGUAAUUAUAACCACUCGAUCGUCUCAAAUCCUAAAUGUAU